AGGUUCGACCUGCUGAUCCGCACUCAGCGCACGUGGACUCAGGACGGGAUGAACUCGCUGACCUACACCCUGUUGUCCAGGGAGCUGCAGCCGCUGUACACGAACCUGACGGCCGACGUUGGAUCCGACCCGCGGGGCAGGAGGAGCCACAGGGCGGGACCCCAACACAGGGACAACAAUAUGGGACCCCAACACAGGGACAACAAUGGGGGACCCCAACACAGGGACAGUAUGGGAACCCAACACAGGGACCCCAAUAUGGGACCCCAACACAGGGACAGUAUGGGAACCCAACACAGGGACCCCAAUAUGGGAACCCAACAUCAAAGGGACCCCAAUGUGGGAACCCAACAGAGAGACCCCAAUGGGGGACCCCAACACAGGGACCCCAGUAUGGGAACCCAAAAGAGAGACCCCAAUAUGGGAACCCAACAUCAGAGGGACCCCAAUGGGGGACCCCAAAAGAGAGACCCCAAUAUGGGAACCCAACACAGGGAUCCCAAUAUGGGAACCCAACAUCAGAGGGACCCCAAUGUGGGAACCCAACAGAGAGACCCCAAUAUGGGAACCCAGCACAGGGACCCCAAAAUGGGAACCCAACAUCAGAGGGACCCCAAUAUGGGAACCCAACAGAGAGACCCCAAUGUGGGACCCCAACACAGGGACCCCAAUAUGGGACCUGAUAACCAUGGGGACCCCAAUAUGGGACAUAAUAACCAGGGGGACCCCAAUCUGGGCCCUGCUAAUCUGAGGUCCCCCCAUAACCCCCUCAGGGAGGAGAUGCUGCGUGCAGUCCCUGCAUUGGGAUCUAUGGGUUCAUCCCUGCCCCACAUCCCGGCCCCACAGCGCCCCACGGUGCAGGGUAACGACACCCCAAGUGCAGCCCAUGGGGUCACCCCACACGGUGCCACGAUGGAUGUGGGGACCCUCCCCACACGUGGGGGGAACCACAGCCAGCCCCACAGCCGGCCCCACGGCGCCCAUUAGCCUCAAUGGGACCCCAAAGUGGGUCUCUGCCCCCCAACCCCCCACCCCACAGCACUGCUGCCUUGAUGGAGAGAGACUAUGGGAUCAGAGCUGCGGGACUGCUGGGCGCUAUGGGGCAGCCCCCCCCUGGACUGCUGGUUGUUAUGGGGCAGCCCCACAGGAGGACGUCACUGAUGGGCCCACCCCCCCCCUCCAUCCCCUAUGGGUCCUUCCCCACUGAUCUAUGGGUUCGGCUGUGGGGCUGAUGUUAUUUAUUCACGUUUGCUGCUCCCUGCGCCUUUCAAAGGGGGUUUUUCAAUUAAAAAAGGGAAGAAAGAAA